CUUUAUCACCAUACAACGACGUGAUUAUAUAUCAAAGGGAGCAUAUUUUGUAUAAAAUCCAGUCAUUACGCUAACUUUCCUCAGCAAAGUCGCGUCUCAAAUGAUUUUUUCAAAUAUUUUGAUAACUUAAGUCAAUAUUGCGAAAUUUUUUUAAAGCAAAAUGUCUCACAGGAAAGCUUUAAGCAUUUUAAACACCAUAACAGCGAAUGCUUGUCGGUGUCCCGCUCAUUCACUCAAUUAUGGCUCCACGGCAGCAAAGACCGCCGCAAAGAUGGAAUAUGCUUUUGAGAUGUCAUCGUCUAUUGUACGUUUUGGUCCAGGUGUUAGCGGUGAAUUGGGUGCUGACCUUCACAAUAUGGGUGCCAAGGUUGUUUGCGUGGUAACCGAUAAGAAUGUGGUUAAAUUGAAAAGUGUCAAGACAGCAUUUGAUGCUUUAAAACGUCAUGGAAUUGAAUUUGACGUAUACGAUCAAACUAGAAUUGAACCAACAGAUGAGAGCCUUUGGCAAGCAGUACAAUUUGCUAGAGCAAAAGAAUUUGAUGCUUUUGUAGCCAUAGGUGGAGGUUCAUCUAUUGACACCUGUAAAGCAGCCAAUUUAUUUGCUUCAGAUAAACAAGCAGAAUUCUUAGACUACGUUAAUAAGCCGGUGGGGAAAGGCAAAGAAGUGAAUAUCAAAUUGAAACCUUUAAUAGCAAUACCUACUACCGGUGGCACGGGUUCCGAGACUACAGGCGUAGUGAUAUUUGACUGUAAAAAACUUCACUGCAAGACUGGCAUUUCAAGUAAAUACUUAAAACCAACAUUAGGUUUAAUUGAUCCUAUACAUACUUUAACCCAACCGGAAAGGGUAACUGCGUAUAGUGGCUUUGACGUUUUUUGUCAUGCUUUGGAAAGCUUCACGGCAAUCGAUUACAGACAACGUGAUCUUGCCCCCAGUGAUCCUAGUCUACGACCUCCCUAUCAGGGGCGUAAUCCUAUUUCUGAUGUUUGGGCUCGUUUUGCUUUGCACACUAUACGCGACAACUUGAUGCCUGCAAUUUAUCAAUCGGGUAAUUUAAGAGCUCGCUCAAGAAUGCAUUUGGCUUCUACGAUGGCAGGUAUUGGUUUCGGUAAUGCAGGCGUUCACCUGCCGCAUGCUCUCUCCUAUCCCAUAUCGGGUAUGGUGCGUCAAUUUCAUCCAAACGAUUAUAACGUUGACUAUCCUCUCAUUCCGCAUGGUCUUUCGGUAGUUAUGACAGCACCGGCAGUUUUCGAAUUUCUCGGCACCACAUGCCCUGACCGGCAUCUUGAAGCAGCUUCCCUAUUGGGCGCUGACGUUAGCAAUGCCCACGCAAUAGAUGCGGGCAAAAUUCUAGGUGAUACUAUACGAGAAUAUAUGCAACGAGCAGGUAUUGAAAAUGGUUUAAGGAGUUUAGGUUUUUCUAACAAUGAUAUACCGAUUUUGGUGAAGGGUACUCUUCCUCAAGAACGUAUUACCAAAUUAGCGCCGCGAACACAAACAGAAGAGCACUUAGCGAAAUUAUUUGAAAAGUCGAUGGAAAUCUAUUGAUAUCUGACGAAGAGUCGUUUCCAUGUAUUAAAAUAUUUUUUUUUU